AUGGCUUCAAUAUCAGCGAGUCUUAGCAGUAAAAGGAUUAAUUUAUACCGAAACGUCAUUGCCGCAUUACCGACGUCGCUGGCCACAGAUGACCACAUGCACUCCAAUCAGAAGCGACUUGCUUGCUUAGAAGAGCUUGGCAAUCUUCUGAGAACAGGCCAUAUGGCGAGUGAGUGUCGGCGAUUGGCGAUGCUUGCUAAUGCGGGAGAAUCCGAUGAAUCAGCAGGCAGAAGUUCGGCCUUCUCUCGGUCGAGCAAUGCUUGGGAGUACUAA